AGAUGUCAUUGAUGACAGCGAGUUCGAAUUAUAACUUUUUAGGUUAUAACAUGUUGUAUUUAUAAAUAAACAAUUUGUAGGAUUUUGUUCAUCGAUAUUCUAAGUAGACUAAGAAUUUAAGACGUUUUGAUGGAAAUCGGUUAAAAAAUAAUAUUUUCGAAGAGUAUUAAUAAAAAUGUCGGGUUUGAAAAUAAAAGUUAUCAGUCGCAAUCCUGAAGAUUAUUUACGUGCCACAAAACGGGAUAUACAUAAAAUUCAAAGAAAUUAUGACCCAAGUCUUCAUCCUCUUGAAGCUCCGCGUGAAUAUGUCCGAGCUUUGAAUGCUGUAAAAUUAGAUAAAGUAUUUGCUAAACCAUUUCUUGGGAGUUUGGAUGGACAUUCCGACGGUAUCUCUAGCUUAGCAAAGCAUCCGAGUAGGCUUGCAACUUUAGCUAGUGGGGCAUUCGACGGAGAAAUCAGAUUAUGGGAUUUAACAUCAAGGAAAUGUACUAGGAAUUUUAUAGCUCAUGAAGGCUGGGUUCGUUCAAUAUGCUUUACACCAAGUGGUGAGACCUUCAGCAGUGUUGGUGAUGAUAAAACUAUCAAAACAUGGAAAACUGAGGUUCAAUCACCUGACGAUGAGGACCCACUCAAUACUUUACUGAGUAUGUCAGUGGUAUCUGGUGUAUCACAUCAUAGAAAUAAGCCCAUAUUUGCAACAUGCGGUGAACAUUGUCAAUUGUGGGAAAAUACUAGGAAUGAACCAGUUAAAGUUUUCAAAUGGGGUGUUGACAGCCUUCAUCAUGUAGCCUUUAAUCAGGUUGAAACCAAUCUACUUGCCUCAUGUGCGAGCGACAGAAGCAUAAUUUUAUAUGACUGCAGAGAAACAGGGCCUUUAAGAAAGGUAGUUUUGGAGUUGAGAUCAAAUGCAUUAGCUUGGAAUCCUAUGGAAGCAUUCAUGUUCACUGUUGCUAAUGAGGACUAUAACUUAUACACAUUUGACGUAAGAAAACUGAAACAGCCAGUCAAUAUCCACAUGGAUCACACAUCAGCAGUCAUAGAUGUGGACUACGCACCCACUGGAAGAGAAUUUGUAGCGGGAAGCUACGAUAAAACUGUUAGGAUUUUCGAAACACUAAAGGGACAUUCCAGAGAUGUUUACCAUACAAAACGGAUGCAGAGAUUGACAUGCGUUAAGUGGUCUUUGGAUAAUAAAUAUUUAUUGACUGGAUCCGAUGAAAUGAAUAUUAGAAUGUGGAAGGCCAGAGCGUCAGAGAAACUUGGUGUUUUAAAACCACGUGAACGCACAGCCCUCAACUACGCCGACUCACUUAAGGAGAAAUUCGCGGGUCAUCCACAAAUCAAACGUAUCGCAAGGCACAGACAUGUUCCGAAACACAUAAUGAACGCUCAGAAGGAGUUACGGGUUAUUCGAGAAAAAUCCAAGAAGAAAGAAGCCAAUAGACGAGCCCAUAGCAAGCCGGGAGAGGUUCCGAGAGUUCCGGAGCGUAAACGACACGUUGUUAAGGAAGAUGAAUAAAUGGUUUUGGAAUAUAA